AUGUAUCCGCUGCUCAGAAGCGAACUGGACUACCCGCUAGAAUCAAAUUUUACGGUUUGGUUCGUUGUCCCGCACCAAUGCACAAUUUUACCCGAGCCAGAACCUAAGACCCACACCACAACGCCACAACACAGCAGACUUGCAGAAAUGAUGUAA